CUAAAAUAAUGGCAAUAAUUAAGCAAAUAAUAGUUUUAUCAGUAGCAACGCUAGUGUUAAUCUGCUUCUUCUUCCCAAAAGAAGCUUUAGCAGACCAAGGCACUGCUACGUUUUACACUCCUCCAUACAUUCCAUCAUCUUGCUAUGGGAAUUCGGAGGAAGGUGUGAUGAUUGCAGCAGCAAGUGAUGCAUUAUGGGACGAUCGAGCAGCUUGUGGAAGAAAGUAUAAAGUGACAUGCCUGAGUGCAACAAAUCAGGGUGACCCGCAUCCCUGUACUGGAAAUUCUGUUGUUGUGAAAAUCGUGGACUAUUGUCCGUCGGGGUGUAGGGGUACCAUUGAUUUAUCUCAAGAAGCUUUUGCACAUAUUGCUAACCCUGAUGCUGGCAAGGUUAAUAUUGCCUUUCACCGUGUCUGAAGUGACAAAAUGAUGGAUGUUGCUGGAAGUAAGACCUAUUGAAUGUGUGAUUUGGCAAAUUGGAAUUUUCCUAUGGUUCUUAUAAUUUUAAUAAGAUGUUAA